AUGAGUUCAGUCAGAAAGAAAACAAAUAUUACUGAUAGUCUAGAUUUGUUACCGCCAAUUCCACCACAGGUCCACAGAAAGCAGCCAUGGAUGGACACAAAACCUUCAUUUUCCCUGUAUCCCCUACACAAACCUCAAGGAACAGACACGGCUCUACAAAGAGAUGGGCUGACUGAAGGUGCAGACAGUAGACCAGGUCACAGUUAUGACAGAGGCCAGAACCUGCUCCAGGGCAGGAAGGCAGUGCGGCUCCAUGGGACCUACAAGCAUCACAGCAGCACCCGUACACAACUCAGUAAAAGGCGCAAGAAUCUCCGUGAAACUCUGGUUAAAUUCAUAUGCCAGCAGGAGGAAGAGGACUCUUCUGAAUCUACAACAAAGAGUAAUCGUGAAAUGAGAUAUGAUUACUACAUCCAGCACGGGAUAGACCUGGAGAAUGUGGCUCCUCUUGAGGACUCUCGGCUUGGGAACAUUCAGAAACUGAUACCUCACCACCUGAAGAGCCCGAGCACACCCCUGGAGCUGCUGGUUGAUGAGAUUAAGGAGGACUACCUGCUCAGUGUCAAGACAGCAAUCUUGAAAUAUACAUUCAGAGGUUUAGGGGAAAAUGACGAGGAAGAAGAGGAAGAUCCGCCCCCUCACAGACUUGAGUUGGAGGUAGUGCCAAAACCAUGGAACGAAGCCUUUGUCCAUGCGCGAAAGAGGAUGAGAGUUAAGCUUCACUCAAUCAACCCCACUAUGGUGAAGGUUAUGUACAUUUGGCAUGACUUUUACAAGGAUCUCCGUCUGAUAGAUGUAGAGGAGUUCCACAGCAGAAAGGAGUCCAUGGAGCUCUCUGUGUUUCAGCAAACUGUCGCCAGACACGUUGACAAUGCCAGAGGAAUCCUCCUCAAACAUUGGCUUCCCAAAGUGCACGACAUUUACUUCCAGGGGUGCAGGAGCGAGCUGGUACCUGCCUCCAGCAACAUGGCCAAACUGCUGUCUUUCUUCAACUGUGCAGCUACACUGAUGACCUCCCAGCUGCAGAACCUUGCAUUAAACUCAAUGAGGGACUACACACGCCUUAUUUCCCAGGACCCGCAGUCAGAGCGAGUCUAUGAGCACCCAGGCUUUGUGAUACAUCUGAUCCUGGAGGACAGGGAGAUCAAGUUUGAGCCCGAACUCAAAUUAUAUGAGGAGGCCCUCCUUAACGUCUAUGAGCUCAUGCUCAGGUCCAUCAGCACGGUUCCUCGAGUGGAAACCAAACUGUACUUGGAGUGGCAAGGCUCCCAGUUUGGAAGCACCCUAAAGCCCAUAAUUCUGCCAGAGAUCCUUGAGGCCCACCAGGAGGAGGUGCACGGCAUGUUCUUGACUGAGUGUGACAGGCCCAAGGAGUAUGUACGCGAGUAUGAUAAAUACGCCACACUGGUAUCCAGGCAGGCAGAGGAGGAUGUGGAGCAAUUCCUCAGCGAGGGACAAUCUUUCGAGGAGAUCGUGGCGGAGGUGGUACACUACCAGCAGCUUGCUGACCAGAUCCAGUACACAACAUGCAAGGUGGUCCGUUUUGGCAUGUUUGAGGUUCAGUCCCAUAAGCUUGUCCAGUCUCUCGUCAAGCGUGCUCAGGAGCUACAGCAGAAACUGGUUACACGGAUGCUACAGGACCAUCAGGGAAUCAACAAGAAGCUCUGUAAUGAAUUUGAGAAGAUUGCGGAGAAGGCACUGAGAACCCCACCUGACACACAGAAACUGAUGGAGCUUAAAGCCUUCAUGAAUAAGGUGCAGACUGAAGAGAUGCCUCUGUUGGAGCAAAGAUUGGCAGAGUCCAACAGACAGUUGUGUUCCCUGAUGGACUUUGUCACCCUCUCACCACUGGACAUGGAGCUCAACACACAAACCAUCCAGUGGUUUCAGCGCAUGCCAUCCAUCUUUAAGGAAUCCCGACAGAUUGUUGCUGAAAAGACAGAGCAAUAUCAGAGCGGACUUAAGUUGUGCCGUCAACGCUUUGAGGAAGAACUGGAGAGCUACAGCGUACAGGUGGAGGAGUUUAUCAACUUUGGUGAGCUGACGGAUCUCAGCAUGUACUUGAAGAAAUCCCAGGCCCUCAAUGCUAAACUGGAGUUAGCCAUGGAAAAGAUAAAUGAUUUCAAUCUAGAGGAGGAGGCCUACGGCUGGUCUGUUUCCCAGUACCCACAGCGUAAGACGAUCCAGGACAAGCUCACACCCUUCCUGCGCCUCUAUGAGACGGCCACUGAUUUCCUGAACCAGUACGAGCAGUGGCUGCAUGGACCGCUCUCGGGUGUGAACCCAGACAAGGUAGAAGGGGAUGUUGGUAACUACUGGCGUACUCUGUAUAAGCUGGAGAAAGGCUUCAGUGAUGUACCCAAAGCCCUGAGCAUUGCCACCACUAUGAAGACUAAGGUGGAGGACUUCAAGGAGCACAUUCCUUUGGUACAGGUACUAUGCAACCCAGGGCUAUGUAACAGGCACUGGGAUGCCAUGACGGAGGUGGCCGGCAUCUCCCUGCACCCAGCUGAUGACCAGGCCUGUGUGGCUAACUACCUAUCCAUGCACCUGGAAAAGCACCUGAGCAGCUUUGAGGGCAUCAGUGAGGCGGCCAGCAAGGAGUACUCCCUGGAGAAGGCCAUGGAGAAAAUGGCCAGUGAAUGGGGUGACAUAGAAUUCAGCCUCCUGGCCUACCGAGAGACGGGCACCUCCAUCCUGUCAUCUGUGGAUGAAGUGCAGAUGCUGCUGGACGAUCACAUUGUGAAGACACAAACCAUGAGGGGCUCACCCUUCAUCAAGCCUUUCGAGGUGGAGAUACGGGAAUGGGAGGGCAAGUUGUUGCUCCUCCAAGAAAUCCUGGAUGAAUGGUUAAAGGUGCAGUCCACUUGGCUCUACCUGGAGCCCAUAUUCAGCUCCCCUGACAUCAUGAGUCAGAUGCCUGAGGAGGGUCGCCGUUUCUCAAAUGUUGACAAAACCUGGAGGGACACCAUGAAACAAGUUUCACUGGAUAAGCAUGUGUUGGCAGUGAUCGCCAUCGAUAAGAUGUUAGAGAGGCUGAAAACAUCCAAUGACCUUCUGGAGAUGAUACUCAAAGGUCUCAAUAACUACCUGGAGAAGAAGCGUCUCUACUUCCCACGGUUCUUCUUCCUGUCCAAUGAGGAGCUGCUGGAAAUCCUCUCUGAGACCAAAGACCCCACAAAAGUGCAGCCCCACCUGAAGAAGUGCUUUGAAGGCAUCGCCAGUGUUGUGUUCACUGAUGUUCUGGACAUCACCCACAUGAAGAGCAGUGAGGGUGAAAUGGUGCAGCUGCUGGAUAUUAUUUCCACCUCCAAAGCCAGGGGCCAGGUGGAGAAGUGGCUUCUGGAACUUGAGAAUGGCAUGAUUGCCUCUCUGCAUAAGGUAAUUGGGGAGGCAAUCAAGGCGUACCCCAAUGAGUUGAGGAUCGACUGGGUGCGUGCUUGGCCAGGCCAGACCGUGCUCUGCGUCUCACAGGUUUACUGGACGAAGGAUAUUCAUGAAGCCAUCAAUUCAGGACAGAAAGCCUUAGACGCCUACCUGGAGCAGAACAACAGACAGAUUGACGACAUCGUGGCACUUGUACGUGGCAAGCUAUCCAAGCAGAACCGGGUGACCCUGGGAGCUCUUGUCGUGCUGGAUGUCCACGCCAGGGAUGUGCUUGCUGCACUGGUGCAAAAGGGAAUAAGUGACGAGAAUGACUUUGAGUGGCUUAGCCAACUGCGCUACUACUGGGUGGAGAACAACCUCCAGACCAAGAUGAUUAAUGCCGGUUUGCCUUAUGGUUAUGAAUACCUGGGCAACACUCCACGUCUGGUCAUUACGCCACUUACUGAUCGCUGCUACCGCACAUUGUUUGGUGCCCUCCAUCUCCAUUUGGGCGGGGCCCCUGAGGGCCCAGCUGGUACAGGAAAAACAGAGACAACCAAAGACUUGGCCAAAGCUGUGGCCAAACAGUGUGUGGUCUUUAACUGCUCAGAUGGACUGGACUACAUCGCUUUGGGCAAGUUCUUCAAAGGCCUUUUGUCUUGCGGAGCUUGGGCCUGCUUUGAUGAGUUUAACCGCAUUGACUUGGAGGUGCUGUCUGUGGUCGCUCAACAGAUUCUCACCAUACAGAGAGGAAUUGCUGCCCACGCCGAGAUGCUGAUGUUUGAAGGGACAGAGCUAAAACUGGACCCCUCAUGUGCUGUUUUCAUUACUAUGAACCCUGGCUAUGCUGGACGCUCUGAGCUACCAGACAAUCUCAAGGCUCUGUUCAGGACUGUGGCUAUGAUGGUACCAGACUAUGCCAUGAUCGCAGAGAUUGUGCUCUACUCGUGUGGUUUUGUGACCGCGCGGCCCCUGUCUGUGAAAAUUGUGGCCACUUAUCGACUCUGUUCGGAGCAGCUGUCCUCACAACAUCACUACGACUAUGGGAUGAGGGCUGUCAAGUCCGUGUUGACUGCUGCCGGAAACCUCAAGCUCACAUUUCCAGAGGAGAAUGAAGACACCCUGCUGCUGAGAUCCAUUAUUGAUGUCAAUCUGCCCAAGUUCCUGGCCCAUGAUCUGAAGCUUUUUGAGGGUAUCACCUCUGACCUCUUCCCUGGGGUCACCCUUCCAAAACGGGACUACCGCGUACUGCUGGAGGCUGUUGAGGAAAACUGCCGCCGCAUGAACCUGCAAGUCACUGAUUUCUUUGCUGAGAAAAUCCUGCAGAUCUUUGAGAUGAUGAUAGUGAGGCAUGGGUUCAUGCUGGUGGGUGAGCCAUUUGGAGGCAAGACCAGUGCCUACCGUGUGCUGGCAGCGGCUCUUCAUGACGUCUGUAAGAAGGGUUUGAUGGAUGAGAACAAGGUGCAGAUCACAGUCAUCAAUCCCAAAUCCAUCACCAUGGGCCAGCUGUAUGGCCAGUUUGACCCUGUCUCUCAUGAGUGGUCUGAUGGCAUCCUCGCUGUCAGCUACAGAGCCUUCGCUUCCUCCCAGAGCCCCGACAGGAAGUGGCUUAUCUUUGACGGCCCAGUGGAUGCUGUGUGGAUCGAGAAUAUGAACACGGUGCUCGAUGACAACAAGAAGCUGUGUCUGAUGAGCGGCGAGAUCAUUCAGAUGUCACCGCAGAUGAGCCUCAUCUUUGAACCCAUGGACCUGGAAGUGGCAUCGCCGGCCACGGUCUCUCGCUGUGGGAUGAUCUACAUGGAGCCGCAUAUGCUUGGCUGGCAGCCCCUUCUGCUGUCCUGGCUCAAUACUCUGCCGGCCACAGUCAGUGCAGCGCACAAAGAACUCAUCACUGCCCUUUUUGACCGCAUAUUGCCGGCCUGCCUCCAGCUCAUUCGCAAGGCCACCAAGGAGCUGUCUCCAACCUCUGACACCAAUCUAGUCAAGUCCCUGAUGAAUCUCAUGGACUGUAUGAUGGAUGAGUUUCAUGAUGAAGCAAAGAUGAAGAGCAUGAAUGAAAAAGAUAUUUGCUCCUGGUUAGAGGGCAUUUUUGUGUUCUGUCUGGUAUGGUCAGUGGGUGCCAGCUGUGAUGAUUCGAGCCGGGUCAAGUUUGACGCUGUGGUCAGGGAGGUACUGAACGGCCCUUUAAGUGAGGAGACCCGAGCCUGCCACAGCAUUCUGGCUACAGUCGAGGCUCCGCCUAAACAGCUCACAGUGCCUCUGCCCACUGAGGAAACAGUCUACCAGUAUCGCUUCAUUAAAGAGGGCCCAGGCAGAUGGGAGCUAUGGACAGAUGAGCUAAAGACUGCUCCCCCAAUAGGCAAAGACAUGCAGUUCAAUGAGAUCAUCGUGCCCACUGAGAACACGGUACGCUACAUGGCACUGAUGGAGCUCCUCAUCACCCACCAGAAGCCAACCAUAUUCAUCGGCCCCACUGGCACUGGCAAAAGUGUCUACAUUACAGACUUCCUAUUGAAUAAGCUGCAGAAGGAUGUGUACAGCCCAUUAUUCAUCAACUUUUCAGCCCAGACCACAGCUGCCCAGACCCAAAACAUUAUUAUGUCCAAGCUUGAUAAGCGACGCAAAGGAGUGUUCGGCCCCCCAUUGGGAAAGAAAAUGGUGGUGUUUGUGGAUGAUGUAAACAUGCCAGCCCGGGAGGUUUAUGGUGCCCAGCCCCCUGUGGAGCUGCUGCGCCAGUGGUUGGACCACUGGAACUGGUAUGACAUGAAGGACUGCUCCAUGAUCAACCUAGUGGACAUCCAGGUCAUGUGUGCUAUGGGACCACCCGGUGGAGGGCGGAACCCCAUCACACCUCGGUACCUGCGCCACUUCAACAUGAUUACCAUCAACGAUUUUGAUGAGAAGACCAUGUAUACAAUCUUUUCCAGAAUCUCAGAUUGGCAUUUCUCCAUAAGGUUUGCUUUCCCCAAACCGUUUGCAGCUUUGACCUCUCAGAUCGUUAAUAGCACCAUGUCAGUGUACCGAGAGGCCACCAAGAACCUGCUACCAACCCCCACAAAGUCCCAUUACUUGUUCAAUCUGCGCGACGUCUCCCGGGUCAUUCAGGGCAUCUGCCUGUCACGGCCAGAAACUGCAGAUGAACCAUCUGUCAUCAAACGGCUCUGGGUGCAUGAGGUUUUGAGGGUAUACUAUGAUCGACUGGUUCACGACACAGAUCGAUCGUGGCUUAUAAACCAUUUACAGGCGGUGUCUCAGAGUCACAUGAAGGAAAACUUCCAUCAGCUCUUCCAGCAUCUGGACCAGGACCAUAAUGGAAAGGUCACUGAGGACGAUCUGCGCAGUCUCAUGUUCUGUGACUUUCAUGAUCCCAAGGGCGAGGACCGCAACUACCGCGAGGUUCAUGACCUCAACCAGCUCCGGCAGGUGGUGGAGUCGCACCUGGAGGAAUACAACAAUAUCAGCAAAGCGCCCAUGAAUCUGGUGCUCUUCCGUUUUGCCAUUGAACACGUGUGCCGCAUUUCUCGCAUCCUCAAGCAGCCGAGUGGCCACGCCCUGCUGGUAGGCGUUGGUGGAAGCGGGAGACAGUCUCUAACCAGGUUGGCUGCCUACAUGGCAGAAGCAGAACUCUUCCAGGUGGAAAUCUCCAAGACCUACGGAACCACUGAAUGGCAUGAUGACCUGAAGCUUAUCAUGAGGAAGUCCACGCAGGGUGAAGCUCAUGGAGUUUUCCUCUUUACAGACACUCAAAUCAAAAUGGAGUCAUUCCUGGAGGACAUUGGCAACCUGCUCAACACUGGUGAGGUGCCUAAUCUAUUUGCAGUUGACGAGAAGCAGGAAAUCUGUGAGCAAAUGCGCGUGUUGGACCGCCAGCGUGACCGUGACAAGCAGACGGAUGGCAGCCCCCUGUCCCUUUUCAACAUGUUUUUAGAGCGUUGUCGCACACAGCUGCAUGUGGUGUUGGCCAUGAGUCCCAUCGGAGACGCCUUUAGGAACCGUUUGAGACGUUUCCCGGCCCUCAUUAACUGCUGCACCAUUAACUGGUUCCAGACUUGGCCAGAGGAUGCUCUGCAGGCGGUGGCCUGUCGCUUCCUGGAGGAUGUUGAGAUGACAGAUGAGUCUCGAGAAGGCUGCAUCAACAUGUGCAAGAGUUUCCACACCUCAACCAUAGAACUAUCAGUUCGCUUUUUGGCUGAGCUGCAGCGCCACAACUAUGUCACCCCAACCUCAUACCUGGAGCUCAUUUCCACCUUCAAGGCCCUGCUGAAGACAAAAAGAGCUGAGGUAAUGAAGCUGAAACGUCGUUAUGAGGUGGGCCUUGAGAAGCUAGAGUCAGCAGCAAACCAGGUGGCCACUAUGCAAGUUGAGCUGGAGGCUUUACAACCACAGCUGCUUGUUGCCAGCAAGGAGGUAGAUGAGAUGAUGGUGGUGAUUGAGCAUGAAUCUGUGGAGGUGGCUGAGACAGAGAAGGUGGUGAAAGAAGAUGAGGCCGUGGCCAACGAACAAGCCAUGGCUGCCAAGGCCAUCAAGGAUGAGUGUGAUGCUGACCUGGCUGAGGCCAUGCCCAUCCUGGAGUCAGCCCUGUCUGCGUUGAAUACUCUCACCAAUCAGGAUAUCACAGUGGUAAAGUCCAUGAAAAGCCCACCUCCAGCUGUUAAGCUGGUGAUGGAGGCAAUCUGUAUUCUCAAAGGCAUCAAGCCAGAUCGUGUGCCUGACCCCUCAGGCCCCGGUAAAAAAGUGGAGGACUUUUGGGGCCCGGCCAAAAAGCUUCUGGGAGACAUGAGGUUUCUCCAAAGCCUCCAUGAGUAUGACAAGGACAACAUCCCACCAAAUCUCAUGGCUAUCAUUCGCAACAAGUACAUCACCAACCCAGACUUUGUACCAGAGAAGAUUCGAACUGCUUCCACUGCAGCUGAAGGCAUGUGUAAGUGGGUGUGCGCCAUGGACAAGUAUGACAAAGUGGCCAAGGUGGUGGCACCAAAGAAGGAAAAGCUGGCACAGGCCGAGGGGGAGCUGAAGGUGGCCACGGAGAGCCUCCAGAAAAAGCAGGCUGCCCUCAAAGAGGUCCAAGAUAAACUCUCAAAGCUUCAGGAGACUUUGGAAGCAAACAAAAACAAGAAAGCUGACCUGGAGAGUCAGGUGGAUCUGUGCAGUAAGAAGCUGGAGCGAGCUGAGCAGCUUAUUGGAGGCCUGGGUGGAGAGAAGACACGCUGGAGCGAAAUGGCCGUUAAUCUUGGAGAGCUUUACAACAACCUGACUGGGGACAUCCUCAUCUCAGCGGGCAUAGUGGCUUACCUGGGAGCUUUCACCUCCAGCUACAGACAGGAUCAGACAGAGGAGUGGAUGAACCUUUGCAGGAGCAAAGAGAUUCCCUGCUCCCCCAACAUGUCUCUGAUGAACUCUCUGGGUGAUCCAGUAAAAAUUCGUGCAUGGACUAUCGCUGGCCUACCAUCAGACAGCUUCUCCAUAGACAACGGUAUCAUAAUCAGUAAUGCAAGGCGGUGGCCUCUAAUGAUUGAUCCCCAGGGCCAGGCCAACAAAUGGGUGAAAAACAUGGAGAAGGCCAAUGGCCUGCGUAUCAUUAAGUUGAGUGACGCUGACUUUGUACGCACUCUGGAGAACUGCAUCCAGUUUGGCACGCCAGUGUUGUUGGAGAAUGUUGGUGAGGAGCUGGACCCUAUCCUGGAGCCUCUGCUGCUGAGACAGACCUUUAAACAAGGUGGUGCCAUGUGUAUUCGCCUGGGAGACUCCACCAUUGAAUAUGCUCCCCACUUUCGCUUCUACAUCACUACCAAGCUACGUAACCCGCACUACCUGCCUGAGACCUCUGUCAAGGUGACCCUUCUGAACUUCAUGAUCACCCCAGAAGGCAUCCAAGACCAGCUGCUUGGUAUUGUGGUGGCCCGUGAAAGGCCUGACCUGGAGGAAGAGAAACAAGCUCUCAUCCUGCAAGGAGCGGAGAACAAAAGACAACUGAAGGAGAUUGAGGACAAAAUCUUAGAGGUGCUGUCCUCCUCCGAGGGUAACAUCCUGGAGGAUGAGACAGCUGUCGAGAUCCUCUCCUGCUCCAAAGUGUUAGCCAAUGAGAUCACGGAGAAGCAGGCUGUGGCCGAGGUGACGGAGAAGAAGAUUGAUGAGACCCGCAUGGGCUACACACCCAUCGCCUUGCAUUCAGCAAUCUUGUUCUUCUCCAUUGCUGACCUGGCUAACAUUGAGCCCAUGUACCAGUACUCCCUCACCUGGUUCAUUAACCUCUUCAUCAGCUCCAUCGACAAUUCAGACAAGAGUGACGACUUGGAACAGAGACUACAGAUCCUGAGAGACCACUUUACCUAUGCGCUGUACGUCAAUGUGUGUCGCUCACUGUUUGAGAAGGACAAGCUGCUCUUUUCCUUCUGCCUCAGUGUCAGUCUGCUUAUGCACAACAAGCUGGUGGAUGAGGGGGAGUGGCGAUUCCUUCUGACGGGUGGUGUGGGCCUGGACAACCCUCACUCAAAUCCCUGCACCUGGCUCCCCAAGAAGUCUUGGGAUGAGAUUUGCCGCUUGGAUGAGAUGGAGCUCUUCAAAGGUCUGCGUCGUGACAUGGCUCGCCUCAGGAAUGAGUGGAAGAAGGUCUACGAUUGCCCAAGCCCCCAUCAGACUCCCUUCCCUGAUGAGUGGCAGGAGAAGCUAAGCCAGUUUCAGAGGAUGCUGGUGAUCCGCUGUCUCAGACCAGACAAGGUUAUUCCUAUGGUACAGGAGUUUGUCUCUGACAGUUUGGGUCGACCCUUCAUCGAAGCACCGCCCUUCAACCUGAGUAAAGCCUUCGUUGAUAGCCACUGCUGUGCCCCCCUCAUCUUUAUCCUCUCCCCUGGCUCAGACCCCAUGGCUGCGUUGCUCAAGUUCGGAGAUGAAAAGGGCUUUACGGGUAACAAGCUGGCUUCCCUCUCACUGGGCCAAGGCCAGGGUCCCAUUGCUAUGCGUAUGAUCGAGACGGGCCUUAAAGAGGGCACCUGGGUGGUUCUUCAGAACUGCCACUUGGCCACCUCAUGGAUGUCAACACUGGAGAGAGUCUGUGAGGAGUUGAACCCAGACACUACCCACCCAGACUUCAGGCUCUGGCUGACUAGCUACCCGUCUCCCACCUUCCCUGUGGCAGUGCUUCAGAACGGGGUAAAGAUGACCAAUGAGGCUCCAAAGGGCCUGCGUGCCAACAUUGCACGCUCCUUCUUAAUGGACCCCAUCUCUGACCCGGAGUUUUUUGGCAGCUGCAGCAAGCCGGCUGUGUUCAAGAAACUACUGUACGGCCUGUGUUUCUUCCACGCCCUGACCCAGGAGAGGAGGAAGUUUGGACCUUUGGGUUGGAACAUUCCGUAUGAGUUCAAUGAGACCGACCUCCGCAUCUCUGUACAACAGCUACACAUGUUUCUUGAACAGUACCAGGAAGUGCCGUUCGAUGCCCUCCGCUAUAUGACUGGUGAGUGUAACUAUGGAGGCCGUGUGACAGAUGACUGGGACAGACGGACCCUGCGCACGAUCCUCUCUAUCUUCUACACUUCAAAGAUCAUCGACGACCCCGACUACAAGUUUGAUCCCAGCGGGCUCUACUACGCACCAGCUGAGGGAGAUUACAACAGCUACAUAGAAUACACCAAGUCGCUGCCACUCAACCCCUCACCAGAGAUUUUUGGCAUGAAUGCCAACGCAGAUAUCACCAAGGAUCAGGCUGAGACACAACUACUGUUUGACAGCAUCCUGCUUACACAGUCCCGCUCUUCAGGCGGAGACGCCAAAUCCUCAGAUGACAUGGUCUUUGAUGUGGCAGCUGACGUCCUGAGCAAGCUGCCUGGAGACUUUGACUUGGAGGCAGCGAUGAGGCGCUUUCCCACCAGCUACAAUCAGAGCAUGAAUACAGUGCUGGUGCAGGAGAUGGGCCGCUUCAACAACUUGCUCUGCACCAUCCGGAACUCCUGUGUCAACAUUCAGAAGGCCAUAAAGGGGCAGGUAGUGAUGUCUGCAGAGCUGGAGGAGGUGGUUAGCGGCAUUUUGACGGGUCGUGUCCCGGGCAUGUGGAUGAAGAAGUCCUACCCCAGCCUUAAACCGCUGGGAAGCUACGUCAAUGACUUCCUGGAACGACUCAAGUUUUUACAGGACUGGUAUGAUCAGGGUACGCCUGCUGUAUUCUGGGUGUCAGGAUUCUUCUUCACCCAGGCCUUCCUCACAGGCAGCCAGCAGAACUACGCUAGGAAACACACCGUCCCAAUUGACUUGCUUGGCUUUGACUUCGAGGUCCUGGAUGACAAACAGUACAAACAGCCCCCAAAAGAUGGUGUGUACGUUAGAGGUCUGUUUCUGGAUGGCGCUCGCUGGGACAGAAAGACCAAACUUCUUGCUGAGUCCUACCCCAAAGUGCUGCAUGACCCCAUGCCUGUGAUGUGGCUAAAGCCUAUCAAACGCCAGGACAUCCCCCAGAGGAUGUGCUACAUGGCGCCUGUCUACAAGACCAGCGAGCGGCGUGGCACCCUGUCCACCACAGGCCACUCCACAAAUUAUGUCAUCGCCAUGACGCUCAACUCCAAUGUGCCCGCUGAGCACUGGAUCAGACGAGGGGUAGCACUGCUCUGCCAGCUCAGCUCCUAGUCUGUUUGUCUCACACUGACAUGUCAUUAAAAACCAAU